AUGAGUGCUAUUAACGAUGAAAACCCUAAUGCGGAAGCCUGGAAUGAUGAAGCUAAAGCAGCUUUCUUGGCCUUCAAAAAGAAGAAGAGAAAUCUUCCGUCACCUGGUGACGUUGACAGUAAUCUUAAUGUAAUGAAAAAGCCCAGAAAACUAGACUUCAGCCAUAAUAGAUUCAGUAACAGAGUAGCUAAUCGAUAUCGAACAGUGGAUCAAAAUCGUGCAUUGGGAAGUGAGCAUAAUGAUCCAUUUGUAACCAAUAAUAACAUCAGAAGCUCAACAAUGUCUGAAAAUUUUGUCAGUAUGGAUGUAAGUGAACUAGAAUCUGACAAAACUGAAGUCCCUUGUGAUGAAAUUAAUAAGAACAUUGCGUCCUUACGUGAGAUGAUAGCUAAUAAGGAAGAUCCUUACGUAGUUCUUGAGAAAAUUGUUCAGCAAAUGGCUGAUUCGCAUAAAAAUUAUAAUGAGAAAAUUACAAAAGUUACUGGUGAUUGUAUUAGACUUGCAGCACGUCAAAAUGAACAAUUAGUUUCUGCAGAGAAUCGAAUUAUGCAGGAAAUAUCCAAAGUCCAUCAAAGAAGCGAGGACAGGCUUAAUGCAAUUGAGUUCACUCAAAAAUGUGCGGUUGAAACUAAUAUCGUUUGGUUAAGUUUCGCUGAUUCAAAUGAAAUUGACUCACUAAGAAUCAAAACCAAGUCUGAACUAAUACGCGAAGCUGUUAAAAUACUCACGAGAAUGAAUAUUUGGAAUAACGGAAGCAACAGGACGAUAGUUGAUGUCUUUACACAAAAAAUCUCUUUAAGAACUGACAGUGGCUUUGAGAAUGAAAUGAUUAUGGGAAUAAAAUUUCUAAAUUCCUUUGCAGCUCGUGACAUUAAACGACUUGCCGUCCAAUAUGCGAAAACACAAUUCAUCUCUAAGAAUUUCGAUGCGAUUCGAUAUAUAAUUAGAGAUAACUGGAGUUCUGAGGUAUGGAAAUUACUUCGAGUUUGUUACGAUCUAUCGCGCAUUAAACUGAUUGACAAAGCUUCAGUAUGUGAUGCAGGAAUACAGGUAUUUUACAAAAAAAAAAUAAUAAUUGAUCAAAAUGGUGCUGAGGAAGAGAGAAAUUUUAAGACAUUGAUUAGAACUGAAGGCGAUCUGGAUGAACUGAGAGUUGAUGUCAAUGACAUUGGUCUAAAUAUUCCAACAUUCCAAUUGUAUGAUGGAAAUUAUUUUAAAAUGCAUUAUGAUGAAAGAAACUCGUACAGAAGUUCUAUCAAAUCACCAACUGACAAUAAUGCAAACGAUCCUUUGACACAAGAUGGGGCUACUAGCUCUGCAUAUUGA